AUGGAGGAUGGAACAGAGCAGACGAAUUCCGCAGUUGAUGAUUGGCAUUCGAUUCAAGUUAGUGAAGGCAUUGUGGAUGGUUCAGUAGAUGUUGAUGGAUCUUCAUCAAUUACAGUUGAUCAAGAUUUGGUUGGUUUGGUAGUAAGUAAUGCUGAUGAGGCUUUUGAGGUGUAUAACAGUUAUGCAUAUACACUUGGUUUUAGUGUGAGGAAGGGUCAUCAACGAUACAAGGGAUCUUCGAACACAAUUCAAAUGAAGAAAUUUUGUUGUUCUAAGGCUGGUUACAAGGCUAACAGUGGGGUUAAGGCUUAUUCCAAAAUUGACACAAGGACAGGGUGUGGAGCGUUUGUUCAAUUUGACGUGGGUGAUGAUGGGUUGUGGACAGUUACGAAACACGAGAAAGUGCACAAUCACGAGUUAUGUGUGUUCAACAAGAGUCAUCUACUUCGUUCACAUAGGAGUGUCGGAGAUAAUCAGCUCUUAUAUUUACAAGGUUUGAAGGACAGUGGUGUUGCAUUGGCAGAUGGUAUUAGGUUCCUAAAACACCAAUCGGGGGGGUCCCCUUUAGUUGGUUUCACCAGUAGAGAUGCUUAUAAUUCAAUGGCUGCGGAUACUGUCAAGCGAUUGGAUGGAACGGAUUCUAACUCUUUAAUUGAAAUUUUUAGGAGGAGGCAGUCUACCGAGACUGAUUUUUUCUUUGAUUUUGAACUUGACUUGGAUGCAAGGUUGUGCAGUUUUUUUUGGAGGGAUGGUCAAAUGAGACGAGAUUACGAGGUGUUUGGGGACUUGUUAGUGCAUGAUACGACAUAUCGCACAAACAAAUACGAUAUGAUUUGUGCCCCUUUCGUAGGGAUGAAUCACCAUUGCAUGAAUGUAAUGUUUGGAUGCGGGUUUUUGAUGAACGAGAGGAUAGAAUCGUUUGUGUGGUUGUUUAAAGUGUUUUCAAGAUCAAUGGGUGGCAAGUCUCCACAGACUAUUAUGACAGAUCAAUGUGCAGCUAUGACUGCUGCUAUAUCUAAACAUAUCAAGACGUUAAGGAGCAAUAAGGAUUUCUUGGAUAUGUUUAACUACGUGUUGAAAUACACAGAGACCGAAGCUGAAUUUCAAUUCUAUUGGACAAGGUUGGUGACUGACUAUAAAUGUCACAAGAAUACUUGGUUAGAAAAGCUAUAUGACUGUAGGGAGAAGUGGUGUCCAGCAUUUAACAAGGACUAUUUUUCUGGGGGCAUUCUAUCAUCACAAAGGAGUGAAACUACAAAUCAUUCGAUUUCUAGAAGGUUGUCCAAGACAGCGGGUCUUUGUGAUUUCUAUUCAUCGUUUGUAAGCGUAAUUUCUGAAUGGAGAAGUAAAGAGAACGGUGAAGACUUUCGGUGUGCUCAAGGGGUACCCGCUAUGAUGAUGGAGCAUGUGAAACUUCUUUCACAUGCUAGAGAGGUAUACACGAUUGAGAUAUAUUUUCUGUUUGAGGAACAAUUCAUGAAAGGCAGUGCGUGUCAUCAAGAGAUGGUGUUGAAUGAUGGCCGUCAACAGAAGUAUCACGUGUGGCGGCCAGAUAUAGAUAUUAUAAGGCAUGAGGUUAGUUUUAACGCAGCCAACUUGGACAUUUCUUGUAGUUGCAAGUUGAUGUCUGAGUUGGGAAUUCUAUGUUGUCAUUGUAUACGCAUUCUUCACGUACAUUGUGUUUCUAGUAUUCCCGACAAAUAUAUACUUAAAAGAUGGACUAAAAAGGUUAUUGAUGGUAGGAAUGUCAACAUUGAUUCUAUGGUUUAUAAUGUUGGUGUUCCUCCAUCAAUUUGGGUGUUCGAUAUUAGUAGAAAAUUUCAAAGAUUAGUUGUGUCUAGUCAAGAUAGCAGCGUAGCGAGGAAACUGUGUGACGAGGCUGUUGAUGAUGUAAAGAAAAAGGUUGAAGCCGAGGUUGGGCAUGUGCAUAUUGAAGAGUGUGGUGUUUCAUCUUCAAGUGGUGGUGUUCAAAAUCCUUCAAGUCGGAGAUUGAAAGGUGAGCGUAACAAAAGGAGGAGUGGUGUUAUUGAAAAGAAGUACAGUCUUGCAAGGGGGAGAAGGAGUGUUGCAAAUAAAGCUGCAUUGAGUACAAAGGGUGCUGUUCAGUCUUUGGUGUUGGAAAACAUAUCCAAGCUUGCUGGGGAUGGAUACCUUGUACAUCCAAGUUCUUCAAGUUCAGAUUUUGUUCAGUUUAGUAAGGGUUUAGAUGACAAUGUAGGUGUAGAUUGA